UAGGCGAGGGUGGGGGAGAAGCAAGCCGAACCUCUGAUCGACCCGGACACGUAAAAAAUUCUCGGCGCUGAGAGAAAUACGAGAUUCAGUAAGUAAUUCAGUGAGUGCUUUCUUUUAUAAGAAGAGCGUCGGCUUGGAAGAAGAAAAUGAAAUACGAACAACCGCGCUGGUUGUAAUAGAUCGACUUGAAUGCGUCUUCUUGCUCCAGCAUUCAAGUUCCAUUUCAAGGGAGGACGACGUACCAUGAUACUUUCUGUUUUGUCGAGCCCUGCUUUGGUCUCUGGUUUGAUGGUUGUACGUGCUAAAAAUCCGGUACAUUCUGUUUUGUUUCCCAUCCUAGUCUUUUGCGACACUUCUGGUUUACUUAUUUUUUUAGGUCUCGAUUUCUCCGCUAUGAUCUCCCCAGUAGUUCAUAUAGGAGCUAUUGCCGUUUCAUUCCUAUUCGUGGUUAUGAUGUUCAAUAUUCAAAUAGCGGAGAUUCACGAAGAAGUAUUGCGCUAUUUACCAGUGAGUGGUAUUAUUGGACUGAUCUUUUGGUGGGAAAUGUUCUUCAUUUUAGAUAAUGAAACCAUUCCAUUACUACCAACCCACAGAAAUACGACCUCUCUGAGAUAUACGGUUUAUGCCGGAAAGGUACGAAGUUGGACUAAUUUGGAAACAUUGGGCAAUUUGCUUUAUACCUACUAUUCCGUCUGGUUUUUGGUUUCUAGUCUGAUUUUAUUAGUAGCUAUGAUUGGGGCUAUAGUACUUACUAUGCAUAGAACUACAAAGGUGAAAAGACAGGAUGUAUUCCGACGAAAUGCCUUGGAUUCUAGGAGGAAUAUAAUGAACAGGACUAUUUCUCCUUUUGGCCAUAGCCAUAGAAGAAGCUUCUCCUCCAAAGCGGAGGGAGGGGAAUCUCAGGAUUCCUAUAACCCUGCUUAUAUAGAUUUUUUAAGACAACAAUUAGGGUUUUUCCCGGGUUUGGUACAAAAUUUGGAUAAACUCCUUUCGGUUCUUAAAACGGAGGAAAUUCUCUUUCUGGCUUUCCGCUUCCCGCGGGAUGCGAACAUGUUUAAAUUGCCCCUAAAGAAGAUCAAAGAUAUGAUUCAAGAAGCAAUGGCUAAAGAGGAGGAAAACAGAGAAAAGCCUCCGGUGGAAGGUUGUGAAGACCGUCGUAUGACGGAGGAGGAAAGGACAAAAUUGCUUGAAGCAUUUUCUUUCCUAUGGGAUAAAAAAAUGAAUUGGAACUAUUGAGUGGUGUAGGUAUCCAUCUUAGCAAAUAGAGAUACCGAGGCCCACCAACCUACUACUUGUUGGUUUGGUGGGGAAAGAGGAGUGGGUAUGAGGGCUUCUUUCACU